AUGAAUUCUUCUUCCACAAUACUUAAAAAUAUUAAAAGCAACGUACCAUUAUUGAAAACUAAACGACAUUUACAUUUACCGAAUGGAAAAUGGAUGGAAACAUUAUCAGUUUUAAUUUGGAUGUCUUGCGGUCCUGUUUUACUAAUGGUGACGUCAUAUUUGCUUUAUCAUUACAUCGUGGCGAGAUACCUGUUUUUAGCUUAUUUGAUAUGGAUAUAUUUGGAUAGGGAUACCUGCGAGAGAGGAGGUAGAAGGAUUCAAUGGGUGAGAGAAUUGAAAUUUUUUAAAUACAUGAAAGAUUAUUUUCCGGUUGAAUUGGUGAAACAAGUCGAUUUGCCAACGGAUAAAAAUUAUUUAUUUGCCGUUUUUCCACACGGCAUCAUGUCAAUGAGUUCACUUUUGGUUUUCGGAACGGAUGCAUUGAAUUUCGAAAAGGUAUUCGAAGGUAUCAAAACGCACAUAUGCACGUUGAAAGUGAAUUUUAAAAUGCCACUUUUGAGAGAAGUUGCUUUCGCUUGCGGAGGAGUCGCAGCAUCCCGUAAAAGUCUAAAUUGGAUAUUGAGCAAUCCGAAAAAAGGUUAUUCGGCCACGCUCAUCGUGGGUGGAGCUGCGGAAUCACUUUACACAGAACCGGGAAAAUAUAAACUUUGUUUGAAAAAUAGAAAAGGAUUUUGUAGGAUCGCUUUGCAAAAUGGAUCUCCUCUCGUUCCGGUUUUUUCAUUCGGAGAAAUAGAUAUAUUCAAACAGGUUAAAUUUGACGGUCAUCCCUGGAUGAAUUCAUUUCAAAUGUGGUUUAAAAAAUUGACCGGAAUCGCACCGAUAAUUUUUUUCGGAAAGGGAAUCUUCGGCGAUUACAAAGGAUUCAUUCCACGUAAAUUACCGCUCACGGUCGUGGUCGGAAAACCCAUUCCUGUUGAUAAAAUUGAAAAUCCGACGGAAGAAGAUGUUGAAGGUUUACAUAGAAGAUUCAUAGAAGACAUAAUAAAAUUGUUUGAUGAAGAAAAACACAAAUAUUUGGAAGAACCGGAUACGGAUUUGAUAAUCGCAUGA